GAAGCCCGAGUCAAAUUCCAGUGAUGAACAACGUGCAGAAACCCAAAAUUGCGUUGAUUUGAUUCAUUACAUUUUUCUCCAGUGACACACUUCACGUUUCUCUGCAAUUCAGGGUCAGUUUCAGAUAUAGAUAUUAUUGUAUCUAUACUAUAUCUGUAUCUCUUUCUCAUCACUGAUAUUUUUGUAAAUUAACAGUCUUGACAAGAUCUUUUCUAUGUAUAUUUGAUUUAUUUUCAAAAAGUUUAGAACUUUGAAUCUCCCAUUUGAGAAAAUUGUGAAUUGUAGAUCUUGCCAUCUUGGUUGUGAUAAUUCUAUGUGGGGAUGCUUCUUAUGCAUUUUCUCUGUGUUUUAGCAAUAGCCCAUUAGGCGGAUUUGAUUUAUGAUGCUAAAUCAAUUUAUAUCUGAUAGUCCUAAGUCAUUUCGAGCUUACCCUAGAGGUGAAUUUGAUCUUGAAUCUGGAACAGUUAGGAAAACAAGGAAACAUAAGAAAUCAAGAUUCCAUCCCAUGAGACUUUUUAAGAAUUUAGGUAGUAAAAUUAGGUAUUACUAUAAGCUGCACCCGUACGUUGUUUUCUUUAUUAUAGUGGCGUUUGGGCUUGCGGUUGUGUUGGUACUAUCUUUCUAUGAGACGCGGUUUCGUGUAGUUGGGGAUUUUAAGAAAGUUGAGGUGGAGUUAGGUCAGUAUCCGUUUGAUAAGCUUCGGAAUCUUGUAAUGGUUGCUGGACAUUCUGUAUAUACGAGUAGUAGUUGCGAAAAGGUUGAUAAGGAGAAUUCUUGGUUUUUGGAGUCUUAUCAGAACCAUCCUGGCCAGGCUGCUACGUUUGUCAGGCAUAUCAAAGACGGGGUCGAUAUUACAGCGAAUGAUGAUGAGGCUUUGCUCUUGUUUAGUGGAGGUGAAACUCGGAAAGAUGCUGGACCUCGUAGCGAGGCACAGAGUUACUGGACGGUUGCUGAGUCCAAAGGAUGGUUCGGCAAGCCAGAGGCUGUAAAAUGGAGGGCGCUAACCGAAGAGCAUGCAAGAGACAGUUUUGAGAAUCUUCUGUUUAGUGUGUGUCGCUUCCGGGAACUAACGGGAUCAUAUCCACAUAAUAUAACUGUUGUAGGUUAUGAUUUUAAGGAAGAGAGAUUCAAAGAUUUACACCGCUCUGCAAUUGGAUUUCCGGAGACUAGAUUUUUCUAUGCAGGAACCCCGGCAUCACUGACAUCAAAAGAAGCAGCUUUGAAAGGCGAAGCAUUAGUGAGGGCUCAAUUCCUAGAUGAUCCCUUUGGAUGUUCAGGUUCACUUCAUCGUAAGAAGAUCGGUCGUGAUCCCUUUCAUCGUUCAAUCCCUUAUCCAAAUGGAUGCCCUGAAAUCAAAGGUUUGUUUGGAUAUUGUGGAAAAACUCCAUAUCAUGGCUACCUUCCUUGGGUAUAACGAAUUAUAUACCUACUUUUUGAACAAUUAUUAGUACUCAAAUAAACAAAAGACUUAUCUUUUUACAAAAUAAUAGAUUAUACAUUUUCUGUC